CCACGCCACUGCCCUUGCUCCUGCACUAGCCCGGCUGCGCCCCCUGCACCUCCUACACUCUGCGCCCCAAUCCCGGCCCUCUGCUGCACCGAGCCUACAGAGUGCCCCAAUCCCGCGCCUCUGCUCUCCUGCUCUCUACAGGCAUACAGAAAAAAAAAACAACAAUGCCAGACAAGAUUGGCAUCAUUGGUGAUUGACAGAGCAAGACCCCUUUUUUUUUUAAUUUCAGUUUUUAUUGUUAUUUUUAUCAUUUUGGGUGUAUAUAUAGAGCAAAAGGCAGAGGUCUUUGAGGGGGGUCUUUUGAUUGAUUUAGGAGUUGGAGUUUGAUUUUCGGGGGUCUGUUUUUUAUUUUCGGAGUUGAUUUGGAAGUCUCUGUUUGGGUUUUCCUUGAGAGCAGUAAAGGGAAAUUCCGAGAAGAGGAGGGAUUUAGUUGAGAGGAGAAAAGGGGAGGUUAUUGGCCGGAGUGUGGUGUCGUUGGCUGGCAAGGAAGGGGGAUUUUUCUUUGGAAGGCGACUGUGAUUGACAUUUUUUUUGGGGUUUGCUUUCUACCUCAGGUAAAUUUCUAAACAGAGGAGUUUUCUGGGAAUGGUGGUGAAGGGGAUGACGGGAGCCUGGUCCCGUGGGUGGGAUUCCUCUCAUCAGAUCUGGAUCUAUUUUUUCCUCAGAAAAUUCUGCCGUCGGUGUGUUCUUUGUUUGCUGAUUGUUUUUUGUAUUUUUCAUUCAACGUUCAAGCUUGUAUGUGAUUACUGAGAAAUGAAUGAGAAAUUAAAGAUUGUUCUGUUUAUUUUACCUGAUGAGAUGCAAUUUUUGCUGGAAAUGAGAUGAAAUCAAUAUGAACUUUAAGU